AUGGCAUUAUUUGAUAAAAUCUUUUCAACAAAGAGAAACCUCGAUUACGUUGAUCGGGGCUCAAGAAACUGGGCCAGGUCCUGUGAGAUAGCUCCCAAGCAAGUUAGGUUGCUUCUAUUUAAAGAGUGUGAUUGGAGAGGGAGAAAAGUACUCUUUGAUUCGUCAACGAUAGAAAAAAUACCUAGCCUUAAAAAUGAUAAACCAGACAAACAUCAAAAGAAUGAGGUGCCAUGCAUUGUGGAGGUGUCUGAUGGAUUCACUUAUGUGUAUAAAGGAGCGGCGGCGGACGCGAGCCUUCUUGGGGACAUGAUAUUUGGUGCUGUCGCUAUGAAUUAUAAGAAUGUAUCUCUUAAGAUUCACAUCAUGGAUGACCCUAAGAGGUUUAUGUGCACGAAGGUGUUCUGCGUGCCAACAAAGCGGACGAGCCGCGUCGACAGCAAGUCGAGUGACGCAAACAGCGGCCCCAACGCCUCCAAGCCUCUGGACGUGCCAGCACUGAGAGAGGAGGGAGUCUCCCUUAGCUUCUCCAUCGAUAGGGGCGAUUCGGGGUUCUAUGGCGAGCAGUCACCUUACAGCAGUGUCGGGUCCAGCUUCGAUUACUACUCCAUGCUUGACGCUGGCGAUGGUACGCAGGAUGAAAUAAGUUUUCACUCUCCCACGGGCCGCAAACUUAGCACUUCAAGCAGAGGCAGUUGGCAGCGUAGAACCUUCCAGAACUUGGCGACGCGCUUCGAUUUGGGCCAGAGCUCGAACCUUCUCGAAGUCCCCACAUCAACCGCCACGCUCGACAGCUCUGACUCUCAGUUGUAUAGCAACAGCACAGCCAGUAGAACGACUGAUAGUCUACUCAGCGCGUCGUCUGCUGUUGCGCCGAGGAGGAACAAGUUGGGCCUGGCCUUGCUAAUCACUGUACCUGAUUCCUCUGAUAAGGAUUUCAUCAGGCGAUGCGUGGAACACUCGCCCCAGUUGCAGGCGCUCGUGUGUCGCCUAAGGUUGGCGACGCUGAGCGCGGGAACGGGCGGGAACUUCGUUUCUACGCUACACAAAGCCGCUCUCGACGCCGCUAGAUGGCUGUCCGACCUGAUGUACGGGCCGCGGCUGCAGUCCGCCUGGCUGGGCCUGGUCGCGGGCGAGGCGCGAAUCUCCGGCAAGCUCUGCGAGCGGCUGCUCUCCGACCUGUGCGCCGUGCUGGCCGCCGCCGACACGAAGCACACCAACUUCUUCAUCAGUACUCUCCUCACCAACGUCCUGACGCACCACCUCGGCUGGGUCACCACGGUUAGUCCUUACGACGUCGUCGACCCUCAGGAGUCGCGGACGGAGCCGCCAGACUUUCGCCGUCCAUACAACGCUCUGUGGGCCCAGCUCGGAGAUCUGUGCGGGAGUAUCGGUUACCCGCCCAAAACGGCGCGCACCAUCAUCGCCGGGGCGUCUAACGCGCAAUUCAUCAACAGGCUACUGGCCGUGCUCACCUACUUCGUCCGCUGCGGUGACGUCACAAGGACCGAUUUCCUCUACAAGGACAGCGGUUGUCUCGAAAGCAGAGCUGUCAGUGUCAAACCUUCGCGAAACACCAGCCUAACUAGGAGCGAGACGUGCAGGAGUAGAUUAGGACAUCACAAAUCCGGCUUGAACGUGCCGCCAAUUAAUACUCAAAGCGCUGGCAGCAGCGCUACCUUAGUGCCGAGCGAGGUCAGCCUUAAGCGGUCGACAACGCUCUCUAACCUUAACGAUACGCUCUCUAUUAGUUCGGAGCCAGUCGAGUGUGGCGAGAAGGCCGGCCAGCUCAGGAGGAACCCCACGAUAUUGAUCUCGUCGAAGGCGUCGCCUGACACGAGCUGGAGUUCGUCCGGUUCGGUGGAGAUGGACCCGGAGAAGAGGGUGGUGUUCGUGUUGGGCGACGACGAGAAGCUCGUCGGUCUGAAGAACAAGUCGAACGGAGGGAAGAGUGUGAAGCGAUCCUCCAGAGUCCACAACGAGCCGGUACCUUCGGAGCCGGAAAGGCGCCAGGACCCCAACAAACAGCCCUGCGACCUAAACAGGUCCUGCAACGCUGAGAACCCGUCCAAGUGCUGCCGGCAGACACUCCAACAUUCCAAGCCAAUAAAACAUUCCGGUUUUAAGUUCGAGUUCGAUAAGUACCCACAGAUAGUGACUAAUUACAUGAAGAGCAAAAACCUAGAGAUACUGGACAGGCACUACAUAGGCAAGCCGGGCAACCUGAAGCUGGACAACUUCCAGUUCGACCCGACGGUCGUGCCGCUGAUACAGGAGGAGAGGUGCGAGAUCUGCUACAAGUGCCAGCUGAUGGAGUCGAUGCUGCAGACGCCGACGAACGCGUCCGAAAUGGAGUUCAUGAACGACGUGCCCAGGCACGCGGAGCCACAGUACGCCAAGGAGACGGUGGCCCACGAGCAGCGGGAGAUGUCGCCGAAGACCUUCGUCAGGAAACGCAAGGAGAACACCGUCGUGGUGAACCUGAAGGCGGGCGCUUACGGCCCCAACGCCGCAUCCGCAUCGAUGAGACGCGAGAAGCCGAAGGACGUUUGCGAAGUGAGGACGGUUCUGGAGUUUCCGCUACCGAGCCUUUGCCGCAGAGCGCACGAUGGCGCGAUGCGUUCGGGAUUCGACGCCUCCCUACUCGGCGGCGUGACGGAACACUACAUACCCGACCUAAUAUUGCAAGGAACGAUAGCCAAUCCAGAAACAUGGGAGACUGAGCUACGGCGCGACCUCAACCUCACAACGUACCUGAACAAAACAUUGGAGACGCCUAUGCAAGCUGUCGCAAUUGUCGGGGAUACCAACACAUGGGAGGUGCGUGUCAUUGGACGGGAUUGCGGUUGGGGUGGUUUGUCGCCAUUAGUCGGCGGGAUGUUGGAUGCCCUGCCCAUUAUGCGGCGUGCCAAAGUUCCCGCCUAUCAGUGCGUACUGUAUUUGGAGGGCAAGCUGCGCGAGCUUUGCGUGCUCUCCAAGACGCUGGCGGAGCUGCUGAUGAGCACGGACUUCUGCGACAUGGCGGCCCUGACCAAGGCACUGGGCAUCGAUGCGAACGACGUGCCGCUGCUCUUGGCGGUGGCCACGACGCACACGCCCCAACUGGCGGCGCGGUACGGCAUCAGCUACAGAAACAAU